GUCCAGGCCGUCCUCACUCCCAUUUUCUCGGCCUAUUCUUCUUGCUUUUCCAUAAUCAUCAACUUCAUCACCAUCGCCGCUGCCAUCACCCGCCCUUCCUUCUUCUUCUCAUCCUCCCCUUUCCCUCCCUUUCAUCUCCUUCUUGCAUCUCUGCGUGGUUCUCUCACUCCCUUCGAGCCUCCAUCGCAGCCUUUCGACCACCCGAACGCACGCCAACGCUUCGAUCGUGUGCUUAUCGUAAUCGUUUUUCCAAACCGCUACUCUUCUCCUGACGUGCGCAAAAAGUCUCGCUCAGUCUAUUUGAGAUAUAACGAAAACGCCCGGGCGGAUCCCUAUUGUAAUCAUCGUGCAUACGUCCCGUCCCCCAACUACCAACACUACAACCCGCUAGCGGCACCUCGAGCUCAACGUCGUCCCACUGACCGAAUACUACCAAAGGCGAAGCAGUUCGUUCGAAUAUCGCUUUGCCGGAUUGUUCGCCUAUUACAUCUCGCCUUCUCGAGAGCCGCUGCGCCGUCGCCUCCGCAACGUGCUUCCGAACCUUUAGCUGCCUGCCUUUCCGACCGACGUUGCGUCGUGUCUCUUGGACAGACGUCACGCACGAUUCCGCUUCAGGGGCCCCAACACCCCGUUCCUUUCGGCACACAGUCACCAAAUCAUCUUUGGCUUGCGACUGUUGCACCAUCGCAACCCACCACGGGGACGGACAUCUUUUAUUUUAUUUUCCUUCACUUCCUUCACAUUUCUGCCAGCACCGCGAUCGGACUGCGCAUGUCCUCCGUGAAUUCCGCUCCCCUCCGUGACAGCUCCGCAUACUCGGUGCGUUGAAGAAGACGGCAACAACGACGAAGAAAAAAGAAGAAGAAGAAGAAGAAGAAGCAGGUGGAGAAAAAGAAGCAGUGAAGAAGAAAGGACGAAGAAGCAGUAACCUUUUGCUGCAUCUGCAACGAGGUCGGCACCCCACGGCACCGGUAACACUUUUGCACAGAUAGAAUCUCUCAGACUCCAGAGUAGCGCUCCCAGCGCAGCACCUUUUUUUUCGUAUCAUUUCACUAUCAGGGCUGGCGCCUUCUGUCGUCACCCCGUACACUCCUUUGGCCGGUCCCAUCGAAAUUCCACCAUUUCCCUAUCACGCGUAUCUACCCUGGACCUUGGUAGACUCAUCGCCCACGACACGCGGUUCGUCGCCUCCGUACAAGUAGAAGAGAAUAAGAGAACAAAGUCCAGAUUGAUUCUGCUGGAAAGACACGAACUCAAAAGGAGACGACCUAAACAGGUGACGGGCUUCAUAAUUCAUAAUGGCAUCGUCAAAAAGACAGGACGCCCAUCUCAAUCUCAGUCAAAUCCCCCAGCUGGGCGGUGGCCAGCCGAUGUCUGGCACCUCGUCCGCGGCCUCGACCUCACCAAUUGAGCCUCCUGCAAGCUCCGGCUCCCUCAAGUUCCCCCUCGGCGCCACUUCUGCGCUUGCGGGCCUGCCAAACGGCAUCCCCAGACUGAACUCGAGUUCUCCGUCGCACGAGUACGGCGGCAGGCUGUAUUCCAAAAGAGCGCGAGAGAUCCAGGCUCAGGAAGGCCUAAGCGGUCUUCAGGCGUGGGGCCCACCUACGAGCGGCAACAGCACCCCUUUGAGGGAGACAAUCCCAGAGUCCCCCGGCGCCGAGGGCUUCCCAGACUUCACCCAGCCGACACCGGACUCCGCAAAAACCGCAACGGCACCGAUCGCAAGAGGCCGGACCCGGGCAGGCACCCUCCCUUCGCGCUUCUCGCCCGCGGCGGGUCUAGGCGCCCUCAACCCCCAGUCGCUAUUGGUCUCGAAGACUUCGCGACCCACGCCGUCCACCAGCCCAUUUAAGCCUGGCUCCGCCACACCGAACAGCGUGCCUGGGUUCUCCAGCAGCGAUCUAGGCAAGUCGUCUCUUCUGUCACGUCUGCGGGCCGGUUCUAUGCCCCAGCGACCAGGCUUCAUCACGGGUACUACUCCAUUUGGACAUCCCAUCUUCUCCACAAGCUACGCAAGCAGCCGCGACCGCUCCAACACUCUUGCCAGCAUCCGCUCCGGUGACGCUCCCUCGUCCCCGACCCAGUCGCACUUCUCGAGAGACUCAAUCGCAGACAACGAUGUCAAAACGCUUGACUACCUGGGCUUGGUGGACACGCCUAAACCGUCCAACGCCAACCUUAUUGGCGACUACGGAACCUUCGCCGCAGGGCACCCACCCCCAGGCCUACAGCCUGCAGCAAUUGCCGAGCUGGCCGCACUCAACAGAAGCGCUAACAGGUUCCGCUCGUACUCAGUCAAUGCAAAGGAGAAGUAUGCAGAUGAGGACGACGAGCCUGGAUACGGUGGCUACAGCGGUGCCAUCACUCCGGGUGGUGACGCGGCAACCUACGCGGCCAUUCAGGAGGCUGUCCGCCAGCACAACCUCGAGGUUCAAGCAUUCGCGAAUUACGCCAGCGCCAGCAGGCCUAGAGCCCGAACCGCAGGCGUGCUAGAGACACCAUCCACACACAUGCUGAGGAACUUUCUCCCGACACCGAGCAGCAUGAACAAAUCCAUGAACAUCGCCGACCUGCCCGAAGAGUCCGAAUAUCACGGCUUAGCAGAGGCGGUUGAGGGUCUGAAGCUGGGCGGCGGUUUGCUGUCGUCCACAGAUGACCACAAUGUUGACUCUCCCACGCGAGCUCUGUGGCUUGGGAACAUACCCUCUUCGACGACGGUCUCCUCGCUCAACGUCAUCUUUGGUAACUUCGGCCCUAUAGAGUCCACCCGCGUGCUCACACACAAGAACUGCGGCUUCGUCAACUUUGAGAACGUUGAAAGCGCCGUGACGGCCCGCACGCAGCUUAACGGCAAGGAAAUCUUCCCAGGCGCGGGCCCUGUCCGCAUCGGCUACGCGAAGGUCCCCAGUGCAACCGGCACCCCAGCUAACAACGGCAUCUUUCCUUCGCAGAGCCCAGAUCCGCAAGCCGAAGCUCAGACGCAGGGCUCCCCCCAGAGCGCAGCCGCGGGUGCCAAUGCAGCAGGAAACGGAGGAGCGUCAGGCACUGCAACAGCAGACAAGGUGACCUUCUCCACGCCUGAGCUCUCGGAAAUUCGCUCGGACAUCGCACAGAUCGUCAAAGAGCUUGGGGCCACGGACGACGAGCAGCUUCGCAUUGCUCAAGCUGUCGAGCACGCCAUUGCAAACGAUCAGUACGCGACGGAAAUUCCCCCUGUGCCCGAACCAAGCCACAAUCGUGUCCACGACGCGCCGCGGUUGCGGGAGAUUCGCAAGAGGAUCGACAACAACACGAUGUCUCCCGGUGAGAUUGAAGACGUUGCCAUGGGCAUGCUGCCAGAGAUUGCGGAACUGUCGUCCGACUAUCUCGGCAACACGGUUGUCCAGAAGCUGUUCGAGUACUGCUCCGAGCCAACCAAGGAAGCCAUGCUCGCCGAGAUUGCGCCUCACCUGGCCGAGAUUGGUGUGCACAAGAACGGCACGUGGGCGGCGCAGAAGAUUAUCGACGUCUCGCGGACGCCGGCGACCAUGUCCGUGAUCGUAGAGGCCCUUCGGCCGUUCAGUAUGGCGCUCUUCCUCGACCAGUUCGGUAAUUACGUGAUCCAAGGCUCGUUGCGCUAUGCUUCGCCGUUGAACAACUUCAUUUUCGAGGUCAUGCUCUCCCGCUUGUGGGAGCUCGCGCAAGGCAGGUUUGGCGCUCGUGCCAUGCGUGCCUGCCUCGAGAGCCACCACGCGACGAAGGACCAGCAACGUAUGAUUGCGGCUGCCAUCGCCUUGCACAGCGUUCAGCUGGCCACCAACGCUAACGGCGCUUUGCUGCUGACCUGGUUCCUGGACACAUGCACGUUUCCACGACGACGUACGGUGCUUGCCCCUCGCCUUGUGCCUCACCUUGUUCAGCUGUGCACCCACAAGGUUGCGUACCUGACCGUGCUCAAGAUCAUCAAUCAGCGCAAUGAGCCUGAGGCCCGGGAUAUGAUUCUCAAAGCUCUGUUCUUCUCCACCAAUGACCAGGUGCUCGAGGACAUCCUCAAGGAUCAGUCGUGCGGAGCCACGCUGAUCUUCAAGGUACUCACGACGCCCUUCUUUGACGAAAGCAUCCGCGCCGAAGUUGUUCAGAACGUGCGGAAAGUGCUGGGCAAGAUCAAAGCCCAACCGCAGCAAGGCUACAAGCGACUGAUGGAUGAGGUCGGACUUUCGACGCGAACAGGUGGCCCAAGAGACAUGCACCACAACCGCGAGCACGACGGCCAUCGCCCUGCGUCUAAGCAUGGAAACAACAGCAACAAUCCGGUUGCUGCUGCAGCUGCUGCAGCUCACAUGCCGCAGAACAUGUACAGUGCCGUGCAGCCUUCAUUUGAACAGAUGAACAUGCAACGCACGUCCAGCGUAGACUCUUCGGCGACUUUUGAAUCGUUCAUGCCACCUGGUCCAGGUAUGCUCGCGCCUGGCAUAACCCCGCAGGCAGUGCAGUAUCAGCAGAUGCUUGCGAGUGCAGCCGCUCGGCCUUCGCCUUUCUAUGGUCAGCUGGGUACCAUGAACGGCGCGUUUUCUGGGCCGACUCCGGGUGCUCUAUCCGGAAUGGAGUCGUACAGGAAUAUGCCGGCCGCGCCGCUAGCUGCCAACGCGCCGCUCAUGCCACAAGCCGGAUUUGGUCAGGCCGGGUAUAGCCCCAUGAUGGGCCAACAGAUGUUCAAUCAGUAUCCGAUGAGUGGUUAUGUUCCAGCCCAGCAGAUGCAAGUCGGAGCAGGAAGACGAGGAAGGAGAUGAGAGAGUUCUCGGCAUCCGCGUCAGAGCUCCUAGCUAAAAACUUACAGCCCUCGACCUGAAAAAGGCGAAGGGCUACCGGCCAUUUCAGCCUCCAUUCGCUCGGCCAUGGCGUACGCUCGUUACCUUGUAUUCUUCUGCAGUCUUUCUCCAAAUAUCGUGACGAAUCUUCUAUGCGGUCCCGCCAGCGGACUCUUCUCUGUUCUUUUCGUAGUCAUGGUCAUGACCUGUACCAUCUGCGUCUUUGUUAUUUUUCCGUAAAUCAAAAUCAAACCUGUACGCGUCGCGCGUUCGUCCACACACCGUCACGCAGCAACCGACAAAAAUCAACGCCAAGACAUGACGUCGGGGGUCGCUCGGCAACGCUGGACGAGACGAGCAGAAAUCCUCGGCCCCGUUUUCGCUUCAUCGUUCGGCUGGUCUACGCGACUGACUAACAAACGCUUUUAUUCUUCGACACGCUUGGGCAGAAGUUCUGGUUUCUUUUCGACAGAUGUGGAAGAGGACCAUGAGGUUUGGCCCUCUCGUCUCUCUAUGACGAGGGAGUUUUGAUCGGCCCGGCUGACUUCGCUGUACAAAAAGCUAUUUUUUUUAACGAAAUCGCUCGCUCUUUAUCGUGUGCAAUUUGUGUGGUACGCGGGCGGACUGGACGUGCGGCCUACUGGUUCUAGGGGAGUGAGGCUCCAAUUGGCAAAUCUUGUCUUUUAGUAUCUAUCUUGUGUACACUCGAUUCUUUUUUUUUCUUUUCAUCUUUCGCGGGGAUGGGAAAUCUUAUGACGAACUCCUUUUCUUGGAACGGCUGGGUCAUAGGCAUCUAUCACUUGUCAAAACUGUGCUGUAUCUUGUCUUUGUCGGCAUCUACGUCCGCUUUUGUCCUCUGUGUGUCUGUGUGUAUGUGCGCCUGUGUGAGAGAGAGUGUGGGUGUGAGUCGUUUGAUGGGUCCCAAGGGAACGCAGUGGUGGUACGACGUGUGUGGACGAGACGCAUCAGAGAAAACACAUACGAAAGGUCGACUGGGUAGCUAGCAAUCAUAGAAAGACGGUUACAUCUCUG